GCUAUCAGUACUGCAGUGCUAACAGUUUAGCCGAUGGGACACUUUUUGUCGGAGUCCGUGUUUUUGACUUUUAAGUUUUGGCAGAGCCCGCGCUGUUGUUCCCUUCUUCGUUUUUUUUUCCUGUCUGCUGUUAAACCAUGGCCCACCGGCUACGGUUUCAUUUUGGCUCCGGACGAAGCAACACGGCUCCUGAAUCAGAUGUCCUAGAACAGGAGAGAGAAGACGACUUUUUCAUGUCGCUGCAUACGCUGCCGAGGAGAAGCGGCUCUCACCCUUACUCGAGGCACGGGUCGGACUAUGGCGAUGGGGAUCUUCAGGAAGAGGGGGAACUUAAACGCAGCUCUUCCAUGUUCAUCCCCCAGCUAGUAAAUAAUAUCGACGCGCGGCCGACGCGGAGUUCAUCCAUGCAGAUCUCCCUUCAACGCAAUUCAGUGAACGGGGACGCGGACGAAUGCGAGUCUUCGGAGUUUUCGGAUGGAGUGUUUUCUUUUGCGGACUUCAACGAGCAUUACGUUUCGGCGGUUAGGAAAAAUUCCUCUUCCGCGAGUAGUUUGCAAGAUACUCCUGGGAAUUCUCCUCCCCAGGUUCACGAUUCUUUAAGACACCAGAUGAACGGCGCGAGUUCUUUCCCUCCCAGGUUUUCUCUGAGUCCUUUUGUGGAGCAGAAUGGAAGCUCGCAAAGUAUCGUAGACGUGGAAGAAAGAGCGUAUGUGUCCACCUCGAGCAAGAGUGUCGGGGGUGUAAGGAUUAAUGGACAGCCCGCAGGUCCGGAGAUCCACCAGGUGAGGUUGAUGCCUCCGAGUCACGAGGAUCACGACGAGUUCAGCGUUGAACCCCGGCGUUGGUCUCUGCAGCAUCUUCCGGACACGUCGGGGAACGCGGGGAAAAGGUGCUUCGUGUUUCAGCUGCAGCAGUCCCAGUGCGGCAACGGUAACGGCGGAGGAGAAUAUAACUUUGGUUUUACCGGCACGAAAGGUGACCGCUUGGUCAGAUACCCUCGUUUUCGAUUGGAAAGGAGCACCUCGUACCCGCUGCAGCCGCGUCCAGAAAGCACCAGCCCUGUAGAAAAUGGCGCGAAUACGGAAAGGAGAACCUGCGGCAAAGACUUCAGCAACGUUUUUCAGAAUGAUUCCGUGGAGCGGUCCUCACAGGGGCAAGGGUGCACUUUUAAAAUUAGACAGGAGCAAAAUGUCAGACAGCCACAUUUUAGGAUUCUUGUAACUCGUGGCACCGAGGAUCAAAGUAAAGACCAAGGGCAAGAUAUUCCAAGAAAUUCUGGAUCGGCUUCUGGAAACAAUACGACCAGAGAUGACUUCUUGGGUCAAGUUGACGUCCCUCUAAACCACUUACCGACAGAAGAUCCCACAAUGGAGAGGCCGUACACGUUCAAAGACUUCCUACUCCGACCACGAAGCCACAAAUCUCGGGUUAAGGGUUUCUUGAGGUUAAAGAUGGCGUACAUGCCUAAAAACGACGGGCAAGAAGAAGAAACGAGCGAACAGAGAGAAGAAUCUGAGCAGGCCUGGGAAGCGGCGGACACGAAUGAUUCCACUUCUCCACAUCAGCAAGAGCUGCCUGCUCCCCCCAUGCCACCUGGGUGGGAAGAAAAAGUGGACAACCUCGGGCGUACAUAUUAUGUCAACCAUAAUAACAGGACCACGCAGUGGCACCGACCAAGUCUGAUAGAUGUAACGUCUGAAUCCGAUAACAACAUAAGACACAUACAGCAAGAAGCCCACAGAGUUUUCCGGUCAAGAAGACAUAUCAGUGAGGAUCUGGAACCAGACCACCUCGAUGCUGGAGAUGUUCCUGAGCCCUGGGAGACGAUUUCCGAAGAAAUGACCCUGAGCACGGACACGCUCAACCAGUCCCUUCCACCCCCCGCAUCUCCCGUGUCCCGGGCCAGCGGCUUGGAAUUAUCCGAGGAGCUCAACAGGAGGUUGCAGAUCAGCUCCGAGUCUAACGGGGAACAGUUCAGCUCGCUUAUUCAGAGAGAACCUUCCUCCAGAUUGAGGUCUUGCAGCGUAACGGAUGGCGUGGCCGAGCAAGCUCAUUUAUCAAUGCCAAGCACUCCAACAGGAAGAGCUCGUUCGUCAACCGUCACAGGCGGUGAGGAUUCCACGCCAUCCGUGGCCUAUGUACACACCACCCCGGGCUUACCGUCUGGCUGGGAAGAAAGAAAAGACGCCAAAGGACGUACUUAUUAUGUCAAUCAUAACAAUCGCACCACCACAUGGACCCGGCCCAUCGUACAGCAUGCCGAAGACGGCGCAGUUGGGUCCACGUCCAACAGUAGCAACCAUCUGGCUGAGCCUCAAAUCAGGCGACCACGCAGCCUGAGUUCACCCACUGUUACUCUGUCGGCACCACUGGAGGGUGCCAAAGACUUCCCAGCACGCAGAGCCGUGAAGGACACCCUGUCUAAUCCACAGUCGCCACAACCAUCUCCUUACAAUUCUCCAAAGCCACAACAUAAAGGGGCACAGAGCUUCCUUCCACCAGGUUGGGAGAUGAGGAUUGCUCCAAACGGCCGACCAUUCUUUAUUGACCAUAAUUCCAAAACGACCACGUGGGAAGAUCCACGACUCAAAUUCCCUGUCCACAUGAGAACUAAAGCCUCUUUAAAUCCCAACGACUUGGGUCCUCUACCUCCUGGCUGGGAGGAGAGAAUCCAUCUGGACGGGAGGACGUUUUAUAUCGAUCACAGAAGCCAAGUGUUGAGAUGCGGACAGUCUGGUACAAGAUGCUCAGUACCACCCUACGACAACAAGAUUACCCAAUGGGAAGACCCUCGGCUGCAGAACCCGGCCAUAACCGGCCCUGCCGUUCCAUACUCAAGAGAGUUUAAGCAGAAAUAUGACUACUUCAGGAAGAAAUUGAAGAAACCCGCGGACAUACCAAACAGGUUUGAAAUGAAACUUCACAGAAACAACAUUUUUGAAGAAUCCUACAGAAGGAUAAUGUCGGUGAAAAGGCCGGACGUCCUGAAGGCUCGGCUGUGGAUUGAGUUUGAGUCUGAGAAAGGCUUAGACUACGGCGGCGUGGCCAGAGAAUGGUUCUUCCUUCUGUCCAAAGAAAUGUUUAAUCCGUAUUACGGGCUCUUUGAGUAUUCCGCAACGGAUAACUACACCCUCCAGAUAAACCCCAAUUCAGGUCUCUGUAAUGAAGAUCACCUCUCCUACUUCACAUUUAUUGGCCGCGUUGCUGGCCUCGCGGUGUUUCAUGGGAAAUUACUCGAUGGUUUCUUUAUUAGGCCUUUCUACAAGAUGAUGCUGGGAAAACAAAUCACCCUGAAGGAUAUGGAGUCUGUGGAUAGUGAAUACUAUAAUUCUUUAAAAUGGAUCUUAGAAAAUGACCCCACUGAGCUGGAUCUCAUGUUUUGUAUAGAUGAAGAAAAUUUUGGCCAGACUUACCAGGUGGACCUGAAGCCAAAUGGGUCAGAUCUGGUGGUGACAAAUGAAAACAAGAGGGAAUACAUUGACCUCGUAAUCCAGUGGAGAUUUGUGAACAGGGUACAGAAGCAGAUGAAUGCUUUCUUAGAAGGUUUUACUGAACUCAUUCCUAUUGAUUUGAUUAAAAUUUUUGAUGAAAAUGAGCUUGAGCUACUGAUGUGCGGUCUUGGCGAUGUUGAUGUGAAUGACUGGAGGCAGCACACACUGUAUAAGAAUGGAUAUUGCCCAAAUCAUCCCGUUAUCCAGUGGUACUGGAAGGCUGUGCUGCUCAUGGAUGCCGAGAAACGUAUACGUUUGCUUCAGUUCGUGACGGGGACAUCGCGCGUGCCUAUGAAUGGAUUUGCUGAACUAUAUGGUUCAAACGGUCCUCAGCUGUUUACAAUUGAGCAGUGGGGAAGCCCAGAUAAGCUGCCCAGAGCUCACACAUGCUUUAAUCGCCUAGACUUACCUCCAUACGAAUCUUUCGAAGAUCUACGCGAGAAGCUUCUCAUGGCCGUGGAGAACGCUCAGGGAUUCGAAGGCGUCGAUUAAAGAAGACGCCGGGUUCCAUCCUGCGGAGCGCCGCGAGCGCUUGGACGCGUCAACAAAACGGACAUUACCAGUGAUUUAAAGAGGGACGGCUGUCAGGAAAUAAAUAGUGGCAUCUAUAUUCAUCAAUAUCGGUUUGCUGAAUAUAGAUAAUAGAUAUUUAUUCUGCGACGGUGGACGAGGAUGACACGUUUUGUGCCGUUGAUACUUUGUGUCCGUUUACGCUGAAGUCAAAUCAUUUUCUCUCGUGAUUUGCUACAACAUUUGCUCUGGUGUCAAGGAAGAAGAAGAAGGAGGAGGAGGAUUGGACGCAGUUGCCCGUGAGAUGCUGGACGCUGCUGGCACAAAAGGGUUUGCAGUUUUACCGUUUAAACUGAUGCAGGAGAAACCGGUGACCGACGUCGGUGGCCAUCGUCCAACCACCCUCGAUGCAGGUUACUCAGACGUCUGAACUCUAGAACGUGGACGAUAGGCUUUGUACAGCAAGCUUUCCAUUGUAUGCUUAAUGACAUUUCAGGUGGACUUUAUGUAUCUUCAGACGCCCGAUAACCCCUGGGGUGCCCGAGGGACUUUGCAUUGCGAACCUUCUAGCAUUCAGAGGUUUAAUGUUUAUUUUACAUAGUUUGUGAUGACAAAGAAUGGAACUAAUCACUUCACUGGUAGAGUAUUAAAACCCAAUGUUUACUUUUUAAUUGAUUUAAGAUCUAUUUUCAAAUUUUAUUUCUUUCGAAUUAAAGCUGGUACGCGAGCCAUCUUUCUCUUAA